AUGAGCUACAUCAAAGCCAAGGUUAACCAAUCAGAUAUGAAGGAGUCAUUGCAACAGGAGGCUGUCAACGAAUGUGCUAGGGUCAUGUGCACCGGUGAGGCCACCCCAGUGCAAGUAGCCACUGAAGUUCGUGAGAAUUUUGAUAAAAAGUACGGUCCGUCCUGGACCUGCAUUGUCGGCCGCGAUUUCAGUAGCUCCUUCGCUUAUGAGAAGAAGAAGCAUAUCUCCCUUAGCAUUGGUGGUCAGCAAGUCCUUCUAUUUAAGAGUGCAUAA